UGCAGUCAGUCAGAAAACUUCGCUAUUUGGAACUCCCAGCGGCCAUUGUAGUACGAAGGAACCACUCUUACUGGUUUCCUUCCCCUGUUAUCUGUCUUUUUUCUGAUUUUUAUCAUUGGGGAUCUCCUAUUUCUUUCUGUUUAAUUGGGCAUCUCAUCUAUCAAUAUGUAUCAUUCUCUGUGCCGCAAGAUAAUAUCAAUGGCGCAGGGGAUACGGAGAGAUGCGAAAUUGAAUCUCUUUGGUGCUCAUGGACGAGCCGGAUUUUUGUCUUGACUGUUGAAUCCUUGCUUUUUCUCGUGAGUUUCCACAUCUUUUUCUCUCUCGAUCUGCUGGCUUGUUUCUUACAAAAUUUUCUGCUGUCUAAAGUGCUCGAUGAUGAUUUAUUUGCUUUAACCACACUGAAUAGAGAAGCUCGAAGGUGGGAGCGGAAGUGUGUUGGAUUGAAGUCUGCUUUUUUCUCUCGGCUGAUUCCAGUUGCUUCACGGUAGCUUGAUGAAACUUCUUUCUGGGUAAUAGAGGUUCGAGUUCUCUCAGAUCUCUGUGUCUCAGAAAGAGGAAGAGAGCUCUUUGAAGCACUUGAAAUCUGUUUUGAGUGAAAGUGGUUUUUGUUUUUUUCGCCCCUGUUCUUCGAGUUGUUCUCACCCUGUGGACAAACACUGGCCCUUGACUGAGAGCACAAAAACGAUGGGACCCAAAAUUCCAUGUCUGGAUUGAUUUUGGAUCUACGAUCUGCUGUAUGCCUUUUGUUGGAUGAUCUUAUUCUGUAUUGUUUCUGUUCAGUUUCCUCCAUUUUCAUGAUGGUACUAAUGAUUAGUAUUUGUGCACAAUACUGAGGCUCUGGGUAUUAUUGAUGUAGUGACCCAGUUGCCUAUUCUUUAAGUGCAAGAUGAAGUUUUCUGGGAUCCGCUUUGCUGCAAAAGCUUUGUUGUUGGUAUUUUUGCUGCCUGUAAUGCCCGCACAUGUCUGAUAAUCGUUUCUUACUCAGGAAGUGUCUUCUUUCUCUCUUUGGUUGAAAGGUCUGCCCUUUUGCAUAUGAUUGAUGCAGAAGGCUGGUUUCUGGGACUCAACUCUGUACAUCAGUGGGUAUUAGUAAUUGGUCAUUGGAUCCAUUGAUUAAUGGUUGCUGCUGCAUUAUCAAUUGACCACCAACUGCUAUUUUGUAACAGUGCUCGUCCCUUGGCGAAAUUGCGUUGUUAUUCUGUAACAGGGGGGCAUUGUUUUUGUUCUAGAGCCGUGUAAUUAGCAGUCGGGGUGCGUCUCUCUUUCGACCUGCAUUAUUGUGUUGAGAGAUGGAUUUCUUGUAUCCCCUGCUGUUUAUUUUUGGUUUACUUCUAGAUGUUCGAAUACAGUAGCUUUUAACUUAUUUCAGAGAAUGGAUUUUUUAUGCGUCGUCAGAUAGUUGAUAAUGUUCUUAUAACUCAUGAGGUGAUGCAUUAUCCAAGGACAAGAGAACAGGGAUGACCAUUUCUUUUUACUUGGGGUUUUGUGUGAAAUGGAUUAAAUGAUUAGUGUUUCUCACCACCGCUUCUUCUUCUCCUCCAACUUCAAUCCGAAAACAAGACUCAAAGCUCUGCUUCAAUCUAGUCAUCACAUCUCUCAUUCGGUGAUUUCUCCUCCCCCUUCGGCUUGCGAAAAGCCUUCACCACUUCAUGCCAUCGAUUCCAGCAGCUCCCCUAGUUGCUAUGAAACCCUUCUUUGGAACUCCCUGCCAUCUACGGUGAAAGCUACAGAGACUGCAAAGGGAUAGAUCCCUUUACCAGAUCCAAUGGAAUGAAGAGAGGCUCUGAAA